AUGGAAUUCCCAAACCGGGAUAACAAAGUCCCAAUUCUAGUAGUUCCAUUCCCAGCACAAGGCCACCUUAAUACACUCCUUCAUUUCUCCCUCCUUCUCUCAUCCCAUGGCCUUCCCGUCCACUUCGCCUCCUCCUCCAUCCACAACAACCAAGCUCGCCACCGUCUCCGAGGCUGGACCUCUGCAUCACUCCACAACAUCACCUUCCAUGAUAUCCCCAUCCCUUCUCUUCCUCCAUCCACCCCCAACCCCAACUCCACUCACAACUUCCCUUCCCACUUAGUCCCCAUUUGGGAGUUCGUCAUCCACCACCUCCGUUCUCCUCUUUCCUCUCUCCUUCACUCCCUCUCCUCCUCCUCCCCUCUCAUCCUCAUCUACGACACUCUCAUGUCCUUCGUCAGCAAUGACGCCGCCUCUAUUCCCUCCAUCCACACCUUCAAUUUCCAGUGCGUCCCUGCCAACUUUAUACUCUCCUACCACUACGAAAGCACCUCCAAAACAUGGUCGGAUAACCACAUCCUCUUCUCUCCCUCUCCCUCUCCCCCUCCCCCUCCCUUACAAGACAGCGUCCCUGAAGAGGUAAUUACCUUCUGUAAAAAACAUUACUAUGAGACCCCAUGCGAAGGUAUGCUCUUCAACACGUCACUCGCCAUUGAAGGAGCUUUCAUUGAUCUUCUUGCCAAACAAGAUGACUUUGUUGGUAAGAAGAUUUUUGCAGUGGGACCUGUGAGUCCACUUGCUGUAAGUACUGAUCAUAAAUCUGGACCUUGUCAUCCAUGUCUUGAAUGGUUGGACAAGCAACCGCCCAAGUCAGUGGUGUAUGUAGCUUUUGGAAGCUCAACAACAAUUCAGGUUGAGCAGAUAGAGCAGAUAGCAUUGGGAUUGGAGAAAAGCAAGCAGAGGUUUAUAUGGGUUGUAAGGGAUGCUGAUAGAGGGGAUGUAAGUCAGGAAGCAGAGCCUGAUCAUGAGAGGGUGAAGAGUUUGCUGUUGGACUUUGAGAAGAGAGUUGAAGGGAUGGGAAUGGUGGUGAGAGGAUGGGCACCACAACUGGAUAUACUAGCUCAUGGUUCAACAGCAGCUUUCAUGAGUCACUGUGGAUGGAAUUCAUGCAUGGAAGGGAUGAGCAUGGGAGUUGCCAUGUUGACGUGGCCCAUUCAUUCGGAACAACCAAGGAAUGCACUGCUGAUAACUGAAUAUUUGAAGGUGGGAGCGAUGGUGAGGGAGUGGGAGAAAAGACAUGAGGUUUUGAAGUGGGAGAAGGUGGAUGGGGCUAUCCGGAAAGUGAUGGUGGAUGAAGAGGGUUUUGAGAUAAGGAGAAGGGCUAAGGAGUUGGGAGAGAAAAUAAGGGAUAGUAUUGAAGGAGGAUCAUCUUAUGAACAACUUUUGGCUUUUAUUAAUUAUAUUAGUGGAUUUAAGUAG